GCUAGUUCGGUGAUGAGCGCAUGUUCAAUGCGCUGACGAUUGUUUCCGGUCCAGCUGGGCGGAAGGGGGAAGUUGAAGUCGAUUAGAAGCAGAGUAAACAAUGGCGGUAACUGAAGGGAUGCUGAAGAAAAUGGUAUCAAAGUAUAAAUACAGGGAUCUGACAGUGAGGGAGAUCCUGAAUGUUACCUCUACCUACAAAGAUCUUAAGCCUGCAUUGGAUGCAUUUGUGUUUAACAAUGGUUCAUCUCAGGAGCUGAUGAGUCUCACUGGGACUAUCCCAGUCAGCUACAGAGGCAAUAUGUACAACAUCCCUGUGUGCCUCUGGUUACUGGACAGUUAUCCUUACAACCCUCCUAUCUGCUUUGUAAAACCCACUAGUACUAUGAUGAUUAAAACAGGAAAGCACGUUGAUGCUAAUGGGAAGAUCUAUCUCCCAUACCUGCAUGAAUGGAAGCAUCCACAUUCUGACCUGUAUGGGCUGAUUCAGGUGAUGAUAGUCAUGUUUGGGGAGGAGCCUCCAGUCUUUUCAAGACCAGCUGCAACUCCACAGUAUCCACAAUACCAAGCCACAGGACCUCCAACCACUUCCUAUAUGCCUGGAAUGCCAGCUGGAGUUGCACCAUAUCCAUCUGGCCACACCAAUGCUGGUGGUUUUCCUGGAUAUCCAUAUCCGCAUUCAACCUCAUAUCCGCCAACCACAGGCACGACACAACAUCCUGCAUAUAACAGCCAGUCACCUGCUGCCACUGCUGGUCCUGCCAGAGAUGGCACCAUCACUGAAGAUAUGAUUCGUGCAUCAUUGAUCUCUGCAGUUAGUGAUAAACUGCGCUGGAGGAUGAAAGAAGAAAUGGACCGUGCUCAGGCUGAACUUGAUGCUCUUAAACGAACAGAAGAAGACUUGAAAAAAGGCCAUCAAAAGUUGGAGAUGAUGGUCAGUAACUUGGACCAAGAAAUGGCUGAUGUAGAGAAGAAUAUUGAAGUACUAAGGAAAAAAGAUGAAGAGCUGAGCAUUGCGCUGGAGAAAAUGGAAAACCAGUCUCAAAACAAUGAUAUUGAUGAGGUGGUUGUACCAACAGCUCCUCUCUACAAACAGAUCCUUAAUCUUUAUGCAGAGGAGAAUGCCAUUGAGGACACCAUUUUCUACUUGGGUGAAGCACUGAGACGUGAUGUCAUUGAUCUGGAGGUCUUCUUGAAGAAUGGAACUCAUUUGAGAGGAUUCCUGAACAACUGAAAAGGACAAAUGACCAAGCAGGCCUACUCCUUCCAUCAGCUGUGUUACAUUGAAGUCUUUUCAAGAUGGUUCUCCAUAUAACAAGAUAUUACUAUGUAGAAAGGACAGAUGGAUUGUUGGAUAGCAUACUUCAUAAACCCCAUCAUCAUCUCCUGAAGUUCAUUUUCAGCAAUGAAGCAAAAUUACCCAAUAACCCUUUUGAUUUAGCCCAGAUAUUAAUGUAUUUUCAGGGAAAAAGCUUUCCAAGAAAAUUGUAGGGUGGUCAUUUGUGGGUGCCUGUUUUUCUCCCUCCUAAAUUGCUACCAGACCAGCUUAUUUUUAGCAUUUGCUUGAGAUUACAUAGCAGCUGGUGGGAGAGGAGCACUAGGAGUUGUGAUGGUUAGUUAACUUAACAGAUGAUCUGGUCUUUUUGGUUCAUAGUUUACAGGGCUCUGCAAAAUAAACUUCUGCUCCUUCCAAGUCCUAGGUAAUUUAACAAUGCAGUCUAAAACUGAUCUUGAUGCAAGCUGAUCAUUAGGUAAUUACAAACGUUCUGAAGUAGACAGUAUUUGUUUUAAACUGAUAAAUCAACUAAAGAUUAUCUGACACCAGAUUUCUAAUUUUAUAUCUUGGUUGUGAGAUCCUAGUUUAAAUUCCAGUUAAAACUACCAUAUUAUAUUACCUGAACCUUUCAAUAACUACUGCAGUUGAAGAAAAUUACAAUGAAUUACUGGGUAAUUCUGUGGCAUGGGACAGAGUAACCCCUUGUCCUGUGAGUAUAGCAAUCACAAAAGCACUGUUCACAAAUUACGCUCAAUACAGUGCAGGCAGCCAAACUGUUUGCUAGUAUUAUUCAAAGUGACUAACAUCAAGCAGCAGAUGUUUUUGGAAACAAACUAAACAAGUCAGUGAUAGAGCUAUUUGUUUCUAUGCUAACCAGCCACAAGACAUUUGACCUACUUCAAUUUCUACUGUAACCUUAAGCACAAAUUGCACUGUCUCCUGCAGACAUACCACUCGAGUCUCCAUGUUCACCAAUGACCCAGGCAUGACAGCUGGAGCUGUGGAUUCCCAAUCUCUCUCCCAUGAGGUAUCGAAACCGAGCUGAGUCAAGAUUACAGCCACUGCCAAUAACACGGUGCAUAGGAAGGCCACUCAGUUUCCAUGCCACAUAGGUCAGAAUGUCCACUAUAGGGAAAAAAGAAAUAUGUAGAAUAAUCCUCAAAGAUAACAUCUUUCCCCAAUCCCAUCCCAUCCCAUCCCAUCCCAUCCCAAACUAUUCAGAGAAACUUGUACUCAGUGUGGAGCCAAAAGAGCUUUCUGAAAUUCUCUAGUAAAUGCAUAACUUUGAUUGAAACAAUGUUAGUAGAUGACAUUGGGAUAAAUUCACUCAUUAGUUUUACCCAAGUUGUCUGAAGGAGACCCACUACAAGAUAUUAUCACAAUAAAUGACUGAAUAGUAGAGUAGCUCAAAAGGACAUUGUUCUACUACUCCCAUUUCUGAUUGCCACUAAUACCUUCCUGUUAAUUCCAGCACUUAAACAGUUAACUAGCACAACUGUUCAUGGGAUUACUGAAAAGGCUCAUUUGCCUUCAUUUGGGGUUGAUCCUUUUAAUCUCUUUCUAACACAUGACUAAACAAACUGAACCUGGAGUGGCUUUUGUUGUGGAGGUAGCUUUACCAUGAACAGUUUGCAGUUUCCAUACUGAUGGUGCUCUUUAAUGUGAAUAGCUGGUUUGGCAUAUUCCAUCAGGGAAGUUUUUUUUUGUCUUCUAGACCCCACCAACUCAUUUUCACUUAACCUCUUCAUACAGAUUCUUCAGUGACAGUCCAUUCUGCUUGAAAGUGAAAAGUAAAUACCCACAUGCAGACUGAGCUGCCCUCUCUACUUCCUCUCCAAACUACAGGCCAGCAGCUUGGCACCUCUGUGCUUUCUAUACUGAGUUACUACGUUUUACAAGCUGAAGCUCAAGUGUAAGUAAAAGUGAAAGGCCAAAACUGCAAGAACAGAGGAAACAACAGCAACAAGUAGACCUGUAGGUGGAGUAUAUGCAAGGAAGUACCUGCAGACAAAAUCUUGAAUAAAGUGCACUGCAGACAAAAGUGAAACUCUUCAAACUAAGGCAGGAUCCAAAAUCAUCAGAUUCAAUCUUAAAAGUAGCCAGGAGAAGGAAGAUAGAUGCUUGGGUUUUAAUGAAGAUAAUAGGAUUGCUUUAUUUGUAAAUAGUGACUUGCAAAAUUGUGGACAUGCAAGAAUGUUUUAAUACAAGAGAACAAUUUGCAGCAUACUUAAUGGUAGUAAGGGUGUAGGGAUGGUCAAUCAGGCUUGGCUUGAGAAAUGAGAACAUGACUAAUAGAUGCCAUUACCAAGGUUAAAGUUUUGAGUUACCAAACAAGGAAAAGUCAUUGCAGAAGUACUGAUGACAUUGAAACAUUGAGGAGUGAAACGAGGCAAAAAACUACCAGAGGCAUGUUAAGGCAGAGUUGGGCUGUCAUAAAUAUCCCAGUAAAGGAGAAGUAAAGACAGUGGUAUGAUAUUGUGACAAAGUAUGUCAAUGAUAUGAAGCAAGUUAGGACUGAGUCAAGGAUUUUAAAUCCAAAUGAAAGCAAGUAUGGAAUUAAGUGGCACUGACACUAACAAACUAGAGAUUAAAGGUGGAAUAGUGAGGAUUACUGGGUCAAGGACAGCUCCUGCUAAAGCUGUUAAAUUAAUGCAUUCUAGUUAUUAACUUUAAGAAGUCAGUUUUAUAAAAGGCAUUUCACAGAUCAUUACAAGUAAUUGAUUUGUCCUCAAGAUAUGAAGGACAUAACUUCAGAAUAGAAAUUGUACCAGAGCAAAGUAGAACUUAAACAAUUAUCCAAUCACAAAUAAGUGGAGAAAGUGCACUUUUUUCCUAACUGGGAGUUUAAUCAUAUCAGGUCCAUGCCUACCUAUGCCCACGCCCAAAGUAAAUCCCAGAUGCAUGUACCAAGUUACAAAAAUACCCACCUGGAUUGGAUACAACCAGUAUGAUACAAUCAGGGCUGUUCUUGACGAUGUCAGGAAUUAUGUGUUUGAAAAUAUUCACAUUACGCUGAACAAGAUUCAAGCGGCUCUCCCCCUCCUGCUGCCGGGCACCAGCUGUGACCACAA